CUGCUGAGGCGGAGAGGACCAUAAAUGCAGGGCUCCCCAUUCCAUUCACCACCACCCCACCGGCUCUCCCCUCCCUCCCUCCCAGUAGGGCCCAUCGAAGUAUCGAACCACGCCGUAGAGUUCCAGCAGGACCGCCUGCCGUCCUCGGUCCUCCUCUGCUGCCGGGGGCGGCGGACUCGGCUCCGCCUCCUCCCCCGUCGCCGGCCGGCUAUUACGCCCCCACCAACUUGGAUCAUUGGAUGAUGGCAGCUGCAGAGUCUCUCUCUUGGUCGGAUCUCCCUCCAGAGCUCCUAGGUCUUGUCCUUAAGCACCUCCCCUCCCUAGCUGAUCGUGUUCGACUCAGAGCAGUCUGUCAGCCAUGGCGCUCCAACGCUCGACUGCAGUCGCUGCCCCCUCCACUCCCGUGGCUCACCCUCCCUGAUGGGACCUUUCUGAGCAUCCCGGAUGGUGAAAUUAUCCAAAUGGCUGUAGCAGAUGGUGCAUGCUGCUGUGGUUCCAUUGACAACUGGCUCUUCCUAAUGCAAAAUGAUGGAGGGUGCUCAUUGACAAAUCCUUUCUCAAAGGCCACGCUGGACCUUCCUAAGCUAGCCACUGUUUGGCGCCGUGAUUGGUUGAAUGCAAACGAAGGAUUUAACCCACUUUUCUAUAAGCUGGUGGUUCCCUCGCCCCUGGACUCCUCACCAGAAUCCCUUGUUGCUGUGCUGAUCUUGGACAGUGCUAAUUCCAGUACAGUUUGUAUUUGCCAGCCGCCAGUUGCUACUGACAUAUCCAGAGGGAGGCACAUGGAACCAUCUCGGUGCCUGUUUGAUGUUGCUUUCUUCAAUGGGAAGCUAUACGGAGUUGCUUUUGGUGACAAGCUCGUUAUCUUUGAGAUUGGUUAUGACCUUGGCUGUAAGCCGAAGAUCUCAGCCACUGAAUGCAUAAUCAACUCCAGGGAUGAUGAUUUAUGGGACUUGCCCCAAUCCUUAUCCAACGAGAAGGCAUACAUGUGGAGGGAAUACCUAGUUGAAUGUUGUGGUGGACUGUUGAAGGUUGAACGGUUUAUUCACAAUGACCAUCCCGAUCACAGAAGUCUUUCCUUUGAGCAUGAUCGCACUGUUGCAUUUGAUGUUUUUGAGGCAGAUUUGAGCACCAAUCCUGGUCAUUGGAGACGGGUCAAUAAGUUGGGCGGCCAAGCUCUAUUCGUUGGCAGACAUUGCUCGAAGUCUUUUGCUGCUAAAGAGUACAAUGGAAUUCAAGAGGAUUGCAUAUAUUUCAUGUGUGACUAUCCUUGGCCAGAUUCUGCUGCGGAUCCUCUUCGUGACUCUGGCGUGUACAACUUGAGAAAUGGGACGAUCACCCCGUUGUUGUCACAGACCGCUACAGUGCCGCAGCAUCAUGGUGGCCACUGGCGUCCAACAUGGUUCUUUCCGGCUGAUUCUAUAUAGUCGAAGUGUCGAACUAACUUGCCUUGGUUAGUGUAUUGGGAUUAUGUAGUACUAUGCAGUGUGUACUCUUAAAUGUUAUCUGAUAUCUACUUGUUAGUGCAUUA